GCUUCCAAGAUGACCAAGAAAAGAAGGAACAACGGUCGUGCGAAAAAGGGCCGCGGCCACGUGCAGCCUAUUCGCUGCACCAACUGUGCCCGAUGCGUGCCCAAGGAUAAGGCCAUUAAGAAGUUCGUCAUUCGGAACAUCGUAGAGGCGGCAGCCGUCAGGGACAUUUCUGAAGCGAGUGUUUUCGACGCCUACGUGCUUCCCAAGCUGUAUGUGAAACUACAUUACUGCGUGAGUUGUGCCAUUCACAGCAAGGUAGUCAGGAAUCGCUCUCGGGAAGCCCGUAAGGACCGAACACCUCCACCCCGAUUUAGACCUGCGGGUGCUGCCCCACGUCCUCCACCAAAGCCCAUGUAAGGAUCCAAGUCCUUAGAGACUGAAGAAAUAUUGGUGUCUCUGAAAAGACAAUAAAAUAGAAAUUAUAAAAAAAAA